AUGUCUAGUCUACGGGACGAAAUUGGAUGUAUGGGGAAAAAGUUAAUUGAAGAAAAUUGUGAACGUAUAAACCAAGUAAAAUCUAUCCAACAACAACAACAUAACUUAAUAGUCAUGGUUAACCACAUUCAAGUCGUUAUCAAAUCAAUAAUAAAAAGUUUGCCGGAAUUGAGUAAUAAGGUGAAAAAGAAGAUAGACAAACAAAUAACAUUAAUGAAUGAUAUUACGAAACAGUUAACAUCAAAUGAAAUAAGAACGUCAUCGAUGGAAACAAUGUCAACCCAAACAGAUAUAUUAGGUGCAACAACAUCAAACGAUCCAGGCGGUGAUAAUGAUAAUGAGCAAUUAAAUAUGUCAACAGAUACUGACGCUAAUGUUUAA